CCUCUCUCCUCUCUCCUGUAUUUAUAUCUUCACCCUUAUCUUAGCUUUUCCCCCAUUUCACCUCUUUGUCCUGAAGCCUCUGUUCUGGUCUUCUUCGACUCUUCUCUGCAAUUCCAUGGCGGUUCUUCCUAUAACCCCUUCUUGCUUGGAGUUAACCAUUUCAGUUCCUGGUUUCUCUUCAUCUCCGUCUCUUCCAUCUUCUGAAGGAGGCUGCGUGAUGAGAGACUUGGACAUAAAUCAAGUUCCUUCAGGAACAGAGGAAGAGUGGAUGAUGAUGGGAAGCGCAGAGGACGAAGACGAAUGCGUUGGUGGCCCUCCCCGUAAGAAGCUUCGCCUCACAAAGGAGCAGUCUCGUCUCCUCGAAGAAAGCUUCAGAGAAAACCAUACCCUGAAUCCUAAGCAAAAAGAAGCUCUGGCGUUACAGUUGAAGCUAAAACCACGGCAAGUAGAAGUCUGGUUUCAAAACCGCAGAGCCAGGACAAAGUUGAAGCAGACGGAGAUGGAAUGCGAGUACCUGAAGAGGUGGUUCGGGUCGCUGACGGAGGAGAAUCGGAGAUUACAGAGAGAGGUGGAGGAGCUGAGAGCCAUGAAGGUGGGGCCACCGACGGUGAUGUCUCCGCACAGCUGCGAACCCAUGCCGGCAUCGACCCUGUCGAUGUGCCCGAGGUGCGAACGUGUGACGAGCACAAGUAACACCCUAUCACUCGACAAGGGCCCCACAAUCUCGACGGCUAUUGUUCCCUUGUCCUUCCAUCAUCCCAAUACUAAGACCCCACCAGUCGUCCACCACACCAGACAUCCUUCCGCCGCUUGUUGAGCCUAAAUCUGGGCCCCACCCCAUUCGCACAAGAACAUGUUCAACCAAAAUAGAGAGAGAGAGUGUAAAUUUUCUUUUCUUCAAGUCAAAGAGGUUACUGGGAUGACUUUUAGAUUUGACUUUCUAUUGACUGAAAUGGUAUCGGACGGUUAGGAUCAUUUGAUUUUAGUUUUUGUGGUAUUGUAUAGUGCCUAAUCAAUUAGGGGAAAGAAGUAUUUUGAUGUAAAGAACCAUAUUAUCAAUUUACCUAGAUUAUUGAGGGAGGUUUUCUA